CACCCUACUUCGAACAGCUGUUUAUGGUCAAGCUAUUUCGGUAUUACAUCGUUUGUAUUGUAAAAGCAGUAACUAUUUUGUAAAUGUUAAUUGACUAUUAAAUGUAUUAAAUUUAUAAUGGAUAAUUGUAAUCUAAUGUUGGAUGAAUGUUGUGAAGAUUUAUUUAGCAUCCGCCUAGAUCCGCCAGAUAGGCGUAAUAAAUGUGAUAAGUGCAAGCGACCCGCUGUAGUCUGUUGGUGUCAUUCGUUACCGAAUCCACCGAUUGACAUUACGUCUUCUAUUGUUAUACUUCAACAUCCUGCCGAAGAGAAACGUUCCUUGCGCACAGCUUUAAUGUUACAACUAGGAUUAAUACCGGGAAAAUGUGUUGUAUAUAAAGGAAAACGCUUUCCUUCAACGAAAAAUCAAGCUGAGCUUGAACCCAUACUAAACUCGCCAAAUUCUUUACUACUCUACCCCAGUAAAGAUUCUGUGCCUAUAGAAAACGUUUGCACGCAAACAAUUACAUCGUCUGAUAAAGCGCAUUUAACAUUAGUACUCAUCGAUGGUACCUGGCCUCAGGCAAAAGCUAUUUACGCUAGCAGUCCCAUGCUACAUCGUAUGCAACAAGUGAAACUCAUAGCUGCGGGCAAUAGUGAUUAUAUUAUACGCACACAACCCACCGAAGGAUGUCUUAGUACUCUUGAAACAGCUGCACAAGCAUUAUCCAUUCUGGAGCAACGCAGUGAGCUACGACACUUAUUAGUACGUCCGCUCCAUACGUUAUGCAAAUACCAAUUAGAUAACGGAGCUGUUGAACAUCAGUCGAAAGAGUUUCGAAUAAAAAAUCAACAAUAUCCCAAACAAAUCGGUAAACGUCUAAAUCGUUUGCUCAAUUAUAGCACGAUUUGUAGACCCGAGGCGACAGAGGAGAAUGUGGCAAAUAGAAUCGGUACAACAUUGCAACAACAGCAACAAGAAACGUGAAAAAGUGCUUAACUAUUAAUUUUAGAAAUAUACUAUGCGCACAUAUUAUGUAGAAAUAACGCAUUUAUUGAGUUUCACAUAACAAGUUUAUAAUAAUAUAUAAAUAAAAAAAAAUAUGUAGUAUAUUUACUAAGCAAACAGUUUAUUGCGUCAUAAAUAAAGUAACAUUUCUAAUAA